CUCAUGCCGGUGGGGCUCUGCCAGGAGGAAGCGGGCGGCAAGACCCUUGCCAGGGGCCUGGCUGGCACAGCAUGGAGCACUCAAGCAAGAUGGACUUUUUCCUGAAGCUUGGCUACAACCGGGAGGAUGUGGUCAGGGUGCUGGACAAACUGGGUGAGGGCGCCCUGGUCAACGACGUGCUGCAGGAGCUGAUCCAGACUGGCAGCCGCCCUGGGGCCCACCAGGGCAGCCCUGCACCCCUGCUGGUUCCCAGGGGCUCCUGCGGGACCCUGGACUCCACCCAGCGUGGGCUGGGGGCUGACCCGGAGGAGGACUGUGGAGACCCAGCCAGUUCCUUGAGACCCAUCGUGAUUGACGGCAGCAACGUGGCAAUGAGCCACGGAAAUAAAGAAACCUUCUCUUGCCGGGGAAUCCAGCUGGCUGUGGACUGGUUCCGGGAAAGAGGACACACCUACAUCAAAGUUUUUGUCCCAUCCUGGAGGAAAGAUCCACCAAGAGCUGAUACCCCUAUUAGAGAGCAGCACGUGCUGGAGGAGCUGGAGAGGCAGGCGGUGCUCGUGUACACACCGUCUCGCAAGGUGAACGGCAAGCGCGUGGUCUGCUACGACGACCGCUACAUCGUCAAGGUGGCCUACGAGCGGGAUGGUGUCAUCGUCUCCAACGACAACUACCGGGACCUGCAAAGCGAGAACCCGGAGUGGAAGUGGUUCAUUGAGCAGAGGCUGCUCAUGUUCUCCUUCGUCAAUGACCGGUUCAUGCCUCCUGACGACCCCCUGGGCCGCCGGGGGCCCACCCUGAGCAACUUCCUGAGCAGGAAGCCAAAGCCCCCAGAGCCGUCCUGGCAGCACUGCCCCUAUGGCAAGAAAUGCACCUAUGGCAUCAAGUGCAAGUUUUACCACCCCGAGAGGCCGCACCACGCGCAGCUGGCAGUGGCCGACGAGCUUCGCGCCCACACUCGGACCUGGUGCGGCGCGAGCGCCAACGAGGAGCGGCCGAGGGGCCGAACGGAGCAGGGCGGCCCCCGGGGCGGCCCUGCCGCGGCCUGGCCCGGCGCCCGCGAGCCCGGCGCGCGCAGCCUACACCCGGCCCGGCGGGCGGCCGACGUGGCGGGCCUCGAGGACAGCCUCUCGCGGCUCGCCUUCAGCGACGACCCGGGAAUCCUCAGGGCGCCCCCUCCCGGCCCCAGCUGCAGCCUCGCGCCCGGGUCGCGCUGUCCCGACUGGGUGGCCCCCGGGGCUUCGCUGUCCUUGCCGGCCCCGCCCGGGCUCCCGAGCCCCCAGAGCCAGUCGGGACCGCUGGUCCAGGCGAGGGCUGGGGACCGCCCCGGGGAUCCGCAGAGUGACCUGCUACCCCAGAGAAGGCCGCCUACCGACCCAUGGGCCCUCCCGCAUGGGGCCGCCCGGUUCCCGGGACGCUCGGCCUGGGCGGAGUUGGGCUGGGGCGAAGGCGCCUUGUGGGGGCCUUUGGGGUCUGCGGCAGGAGCCAUGGCCAGUGAGCAGGACGCACGCGCCCGUGUGCGCACAGCGCUCUGCAACAUCUUCCCGCCCCACCUAGUGGACCGUGUCAUGGCCCUGUACCCUGCUGUCUCCGACGUCACCAGGCUCAUUGCUCUCAUCCAGAGAUUCCAACAGUCUGGUGCACCCGUGGGAAACCCGUAG